ACUGAUCAUCGUCGGAGAAUUCGCCUGCUGUGUAGAGUACACCCAGGCUAGCCGAAAAGGCGUCAAAAAGUUAGCGAAUUCUCGUGUGUCCGGCCGAUAGUGGGUGCCGUAUUGUUGCGUUGCCGCGGAUUGUCGCGUCUCGCGCGUGUGUGCGUACGUGCGUGACACGUACGAGGCGUGUACUUUUCCGGGGUGCGGUGCGUUUGCACAACAAAAAAUCGUGAUCCUCAGAUCUUAAUAUGCUUGAAGGAUCGGCCAAGUUCAGGAAAAAGAGGUGCUCCGCCUGAAGAGAGUGCUCGGAGCUGCGCGCAUGCUUCUGUGCCUGCUCCUUCGCCAUUUUGGAGGUGAAUAUCACUUUUUUCCUUGUUGCCAGAGUUUUUGAGAAAUUACAGUUGAUACACGGGGAUCUGACCACGAUGUUGUACGUCCGAUCCAAACACGGCAAGCCUUUUUGGCUACACCGACGAUAUCCCUCUACUGUAUUUGCGGGACCAAUCUGACGCGAUUGCUUCGAGUCAGAGACCCAACCCUCCUUACGCCCGCAUUUCUACCUCCUGCAAAUUUCACUCGACCGCCUUCUUUGCUUACCAACCCCAAUUUUACUAUUAUUUUUAUUCUCACCGUCAAAAUACUUACUCCUUAAGAGUUUCACGUACUAUUGAUAACAUUCGAUUCGAUCUUCUCUGCAGAUUUUUCGUUUAAAAACAUAUGAUAUUAAUUCAAGUCAAAUGAGUUUCCACGUAUAGAAUAGUGUGUUUCGUAUUGAGGACCUCGUGAUAAGUGUCAAGCUCAUCUUAAUUAUAAAUACGUUUUAUAGCGAGGAAAGAUUUUUAAUUGUACUCCCUGUAUAUUCCACAAACUUGUGUAUUUGUUUGUUGAAUAUUGUUUGUCAUUGAACUUAUUGAGAGACUUGCUGCUAUUAAUGUAUUAUAAAAAAUUAAAUUAGGAGAAAUAUGAAAUGAAGAUAGAAUGUUAAAUUUUGGAAUGGACUGACAGAGGAUUAAGUAAUAUUAUAAAAUUUAGGAUAGAAGAUUGAAAGACAAGAAGACGUCUAAAGGUGUCUGAAAUAGGCCUUGGUUAUUUAAUUAUUAACAUUUUACUAUGCCAGCUGUUCCAAGGCCUGGUAGCCUUAAGGACCCAGAGAUUGCUGAAUUAUUUGAAAAAAAUGAUCCGGAGAAAAUAUUUGAAGACUUACGUGAAAUCGGGCAUGGCAGUUUUGGGGCUGUUUAUUAUGCACGAUGUUUGCUUACCAAAGAAAUUGUUGCCAUCAAGAAAAUGUCAUAUGUGGGAAAACAAACUGUUGAGAAGUGGCAGGAUAUCUUGAAAGAAAUUCGAUUUCUUAGGCAACUUAACCAUCCUAACACAAUAGAGUAUAAGGGCUGUUAUCUCAGGGACCACACUGCCUGGUUGGUAAUGGAAUAUUGCCUUGGUUCUGCAUCAGACAUUAUUGAAGUUCAUAAGAGACCAUUAAAAGAAGAUGAAAUAGCUGCAAUUUGUGAAGGUGUGCUACGUGGUUUGCAUUAUCUUCAUUCUCUUGGAAGAAUACAUCGAGAUGUCAAAGCUGGAAAUAUUUUACUUACCGAAAAUGGGACAGUAAAAUUGGCAGAUUUUGGAUCGGCAAGCAUAAAGUGUCCAGCAAAUAGCUUUGUAGGAACUCCUUAUUGGAUGGCACCAGAAGUGAUAUUAGCUAUGGAUGAAGGACAAUAUGAUGGAAAAGUAGAUGUAUGGUCUUUGGGGAUAACAUGUAUUGAAUUAGCGGAACGAAAACCACCUUAUUUUAAUAUGAAUGCUAUGAGUGCUCUGUAUCACAUUGCUCAGAAUGACACACCAACUUUAAAUUCUCCAGACUGGUCAGAUGUUUUUCGUCACUUCGUUGAAGUGUGUCUAACUAAAAGUCCAACUGAAAGACCAGCCUCUGGUAAACUGUUAUCACAUCAAUUUGUCACCAGAACGCGUUCUCCACAAGUUUUAAUAGACUUAAUUCAGAGAACGAAAGCUGCUGUUAGAGAAUUGGAUAAUUUGAAUUAUCGGAAAAUGAAGAAGAUCUUAAUGAUCGAUGCUUGUGAAACUGAAAGUACAGUUGGUGAUGCUGAUGAUACUCCAGAUGAACAAACAGGUGGUGAUAGUAGCAAGAGCAAUUCAAUUACCUCAGAGCAUUCAAUUCAUUCAAUGGGUGUUUCUGCCAGUUCUCAAAGUUCCUCCACCAAUAGCUUGCCACUGCCAAAUGCUGAUGCAAAUGAUUAUACCACGGGAUCUGUACGAAAUAGACAUAAAAUAUCAGCAGGUGGUGUCACUGCCAAUCUUCUUGAACAUGGUGCCAAUAAUUUUGCAACAAUUAGGACGACAUCGAUUGUAACUAAACAACAAAAAGAACAUAUGCAAGAGGAAAUGCAUGAACAAAUGAGUGGAUAUAAACGAAUGAGGCGGGAACAUCAAGGUGCUUUGGUAAAAUUAGAAGAACGUUGUAAAAUGGAAAUGGAAUCCCAUAAACAAUUAUUAGAUAAAGAAUAUGAAACUCUUUUACAACAGUUCAGUAAAGAAUUGGAAAAACUUCAAUUAAGGCAUUUGCAAGAAUUAGAACGUAAGCUUAAACAAAACCAAAAUGCUGAGAAAAAAUUACACAAAGAAAUUACAAGUAGACAGGAAGCAGAUCGGAAAGCAUUGGAAGCACAGCAAAAGAAAGACUAUAAGGUUUACAAAGAAAGAUGGAAAAAAGAAUUAUCUCAGGAUGAAGUUACACCGAAGCGACAACGAGAUGCUACACUUCAAAGUCACAAAGAUAAUUUACGACAAAUGGAAGCGCAAGAAGAGCAACGCCUUGCAAGAGGACAAAGAGAAUACCUUGACCUCGAAAUUCGUAAAUUCCGUAGAAAAAAGCUACUUGUUUUUCAUAGUUUGGAACAAGAGCUACUUCGAGAAGAAUUAAAUAAGAGACAACAACAAUUAGAACAAGCACAUAAUAUGUUAUUACGACAUCAUGAAAAAACACAAGAACUUGAAUACAGGCAACAAAGAGCAGUUCAUACUCUUAGAGAAGAUCAAGUUCAUCGACAACAUGCUACAGAACUUUCUAAUCAACAAGAUUACAUGCAAAGAGCAGAACGUGAUUUACGUAAAAAGCAUGCAUUGGAGCUCAAACAACAACCUAAGAGUCUCAAACAAAAAGAAAUGCAAAUUCGAAAACAAUUUAGAGAAACAUGUAAAAUACAAACGCGACAAUAUAAGGCAUUAAAAGCUCAAAUAUUACAAACAACAGCUAAAGAAGAGCAAAAGGCUGUUAUCAAAAAAUUAAAAGAAGAACAAAGAAGGAAGUUAGCUUUAUUGGGUGAUCAGUAUGAACAAAGUAUUGCUGAAAUGCUCCAGAAACAAAGUAUACGUUUAGAUGAAUCACAAGAAGUUGAAUGCCAUAACCUCAAGGAAAGGUUAAAUUAUGAAUUAGAAAUUUUAAUGGCAUAUCAAUCUAAGAAUAAAAUGCAAGCCGAAGCUCAAAGAAACAGAGAACGUCGUGAAUUAGAAGAUCGAGUAUCAGUUAGACGAGCUUUGCUUGAACAGAAAAUGGAGCUUGAAACUCAGGAAUUCCUUCGUGAACGUAGUGAGCGGAUACGUUUAUUACAUGAAAGACAAGAACGUGAAUUACAACAAUUUGAUGAGGAAAGUGCAAGAAUAGGAUUCAGUGCUCUGGCGAUAGCUGAGGCAUCAAAAGAAUCUUACCCAGACGAUGAAAGCCUUAGUGGCUCAAUGUUAAGUCUGGCUCACAGUAAUAGUUCUACAUCCUUCCCCCCUAAUAGUCUUUAAUUUUAAUCAUAAUCAAUUAAUAGAAUAUGUAUGUAUGUACGUUUGCCUGUAGUGAAUGCAUAACGAGUCUAUCGACGUUUAAUUCAAUGAUUUACAUACAUAGCAAAAGUUGGCUCGUUAUAUGCAUUGACCCAAACCUAAAAGGUUUGUUAGGGUUGGGAAUGUGUAUUGGACUGAAAUUAAUGUAACAGCAUAUUUUUUAAUUAUCAAAAUAUGUCAAUGUGAUCUAUCUGGAAAGAGAGCUUCAUAUUGAAGAAGAACUUAGAUGCUUUUUGCAACGUUGUAAUAUUUAUUAACCAUAUCCAAAUAUCUUGUGAACUAAAUAGGAUUAAAAAAGAAAACUCUUUUAAGUAUCAGUCUCAUCUACUAUACUGAAAAGUAAAUCUUAAUGUUCUUGGGCUUGAAGUAAGCCAGCUAUUAUAGCAUACAGAAAAUUUUAUAUGCGACUACAGAAAAUGUUUAGAGACAUUUAUUUAUCAAUAUCUUGCAAUUAUAAUAAAAAAAGAAAAAACAGUAUAAUCAUAAUGCUCGAAUUAUUAUACAUUUGAUUUUGACUAAUUGAAGAUUUGAAAUAAGCACAACACAGGAAUAAUAUUUUCGGUAAGAUUUUAACUUAUCGAAGGUCUAGUAUUAAAUAAUCUUACUGAUAAUUGCAUGUGUUGAUCUUCGAAAACCUUAUUUCAAACUUUCAGUGACACUUAGUCUGAUUUAACAAAAACUGAGUGAGUCGAUUUAUUUAUUUAAUUGCAUUCUUAAUGUAAUUAAGAUAUUUACAAAGUGACAGACUAAUGAAAAAAUUUAGUUACAGUAUCUUAUGUUGUAGUUAUAAUAAUGCAUUCAUAAUAGAUAAUAUUUGUUAUUUCAAUGAGAAAUUAAUUUCUAAAAUUGAAAGACAUUUUUUUACUAUUUUAUACAAUUUGUUUUACAUUACUAAGAAAGAAUGUCAAUAUCAAAAAUUAAAUUGAUAAUAAAAUUAUUGUUGAAUUACCAAAA